AUGGCUUGUCGGCGACGUGCAGAAGAUGGUUUGGAUGAGUUUGAAACUGAUGGGUUUAUCGUGGAUUAUGACGGGGAAGAAGAGGAAGGUGACCGAGAUGGGAAACAUGAGCGAAAAAAGAAAAAGAGGAAGAAGAAAUCUUUAAAGAAUUUUGUUCUUGACGAUGAUGAUCUUGAGUUGCUCCGAGAGAAUCAAAUGUCAGGCUCGUUCCAAACAAAGAGAGCUGGAAAUCAAAAGUUUAAACGACUCAAAAAAGUUCAGGGCAGUGCUCUGGAAAAGGACUCUGGAUUGUCUGAUGAUGAUGUAUCAUUAUAUAAUGAUAUUGCUGAAGAAGAGGAAGCUACUUAUGACGAUGAAAUGGAUGACAUGGCAGAUUUUAUUGUAGAUGUUGACGAAAGAUACAAGGAAAAAGCUCCCAUGAGGUCGUGGGAGCUGGAAGAAAAGAAGUCAAGGCAAGUAACUGUGGCUUCUUUCUCUGCACUAGAGGAAGGUGGCUAUGUAUUUGGUGAUGCUGAUGAACUCCUGAAGCAUCAAGAUCUGGUUAAGAUUGUCAAACCAGAUGAUUACGACAACUUUGACGUGGACCAUUUUAUGGCUGAGAGGGAGGAUCAUGUGAAAAAGACUGAUGUGCCCGAGAGGAUGCAGAUGUUUGAGGAAAUCACUGGGGCUUCUUUAGUUGACGAAAUGAGCAGAGAAGAUGAGAGUUCCUGGAUACUUAAUCAGCUUGUCACAGAUAUGUAUCUAUUUUUGUGUAAGAACAAAGCUCAGAAAGGAAAUGAAAGAGUAGAUCUGCUUAAGAAGAUUAACAAGGAAGAUAUCGUGAAUUUCUUGGAAUUGCAUGAUUUCGAAAAGUUUGAUAUUCCAUUUAUUGCUAUGUAUCGAAAGGAGAAAUGCCUUAGUCUGUUGGAAGAUCUGGAGGAAAAUGGUGUGCAAAACGAAUGUAGCAAUGAGACAGAGCAAAAACCUGGACUGAAGUGGCAUAAGAUUCUCUGGGCAAUCAAUGAACUGGACAGAAAGUGGUUGCUUCUCCAGAAACGGAAGAGCACGCUUGAAGGAUCCUACAAGAAGCGUUAUGAAGAGGAAUGCAAUAAUAUUGAUGACAUGGCAAGGCUUCCUUUGAUUGAUCUGCACUUUCACAAUAUCAUGAAGUCUCUUAUGCUGGCUGAAACAGAGAAGGAUAUUGAUGAUAUCGGUCUGAAGUUUAGCUUGCAUUUUCCUCCAACUGAAGAGGGCAUGGAAGGAAAAUUUAGGAGACGAGAGAGGAGGUCGGCAUACAGUGACUACAUUAAAGCUGGUCUAUGGGAGCUUGCAGUGAAGUUUGUCUACAGCUCAAAGCAAUUUCGUCUGCAUCUUAGUCAAGAGAAAAUGGGAAUGGAUUUUUGGGAGGAUCUUAAUGAAUCUCCUCGGGUGAUAGCUUCAAAGUUUACAUGUGCAAGUUUAGAAACUCCAGAAGUUGUGCUUAAAGGCGCCAGGCACAUAGUUGCACUGGAGAUUAGCUGUGUGCCUUCUUUCCGGAAACAUGUCCGUGAUAUUUUUAUUAAUGAAGCUUUAGUCUCAACCAGACCAACUCCGAAAGGAGACAAGGAAAUCGAUUUUUGCCAUCAGUUUUUGCAUUUGAAGUGGCUAUGUGAUAAGCCCCUUGAUAAAUUUCAGGAUGUGCAGUGGCUUCUUAUUCAGAAAGCUGAAGAAGAGAAGCUCCUUGAAGUUACCAUAAAAUUGCCAGAAGAUUCCCUGAAUAAGUUGAUUAGUUACUCUCACAAAAUCUAUCUUGCGGGAGUUGAUGAUGGGUAUACCCAACUCUGGGAUGAACAACGAAAGUUAAUACUUCAGGAUGUGUUUUCAAGUUUUCUUCUUCCUUCCUUGGAGAAGGAAACUCGUGCCUUGUUGACCACUAGAGCAAAACGUUUUUUGCUUAUGGAAUAUGGGGUGCAGUUAUGGAACAGAGCAUCUGUUGCACCAUAUCCGCACAAGCGAAAUGGUGCUGGCCUGGAGGAAGGCACUGGACCAAGGGUUAUGGCUUGCUGCUGGGGUCCUGGAAAGCCACCAACUACGUUUGUAAUGUUAGAUUCUUCUGGACAAUUGCUUGACAUGUUGCAAGCUGGAUCCAUUAGUCUGCGUUCUCAGAAUGUUACUGACCUACAACGAAAGAAACAUGACCAACAAUGUGUCCAUAAGUUUAUUGUAAGUCAUCAGCCGGAUGUUAUUGUCCUUGGUGCUGUGAAUGUGUCCUGUCCACGGUUGAAAGAUGAUAUCAAAGAGGUUAAUAACCAGUUGUAUUAUGGAAAAGAUUAUGAGUUGUCUAAUGGGACAGUAUUUGAAGAGAAUCAUAUUAUUAUUUCAAAGAUAGAGGAAAGUUCUAUAGAUACCGACCAAGUGUUAAAUGGGAUCAGUGUUGUUUAUGGGGAUGAAACCUUGCCCCAGCUUUAUGAAAAUUCAGAAGUUUCAUUGCGACAUUUGCCUGGACAAGAAGGCAUUGUCAAACGAGCUGUGGGUCUGGGGCGGUACCUGCAAAAUCCGUUGGCUAUGAUUGCUACACUUUGUGGUGUCCAGAAAGAGAUCGUUUCUUGGAAGCUUACCUCCUUAGACCACUUUCUAACACCUGAAGAGAAGUAUGGGGUGAUUGAAAUGGUGAUGGUGGAUAUUACCAAUCAGGUAGGUGUGGACAUAAAUGUUGCUGUAAGCCAUGACUGGCUCUCUGCUCCUCUUCAGUUUGUAUCUGGACUUGGACCUCAGAAGGCAGGUUUUUUACAGAGGGAGUUGGCUGCUGGUAAAAUAGUUAAUAAUCGAAAAGAGUUAGCAAAUUGUGGAUUGACAACAAAGAAGAUUUUCUUUAAUGCAGUUGGCUUUUUACAUGUCUGUUGUGGAGAGCUGCUCUGUUUUGGAAGUCAAUAUGAUAUGUUGGAUGGUACGAGAAUUCAUCCUGAAUCAUAUGGUCUUGCAGAGAAAUUGGUUAAGGAUGUCUAUAAUGAUGUUGCUGAGGCACAGCCCAUAAAACACGUUAAGAACAAUCCUCAGCUGCUGAAAGCUUUUGAUAUUAAUGAUUAUGCUGAUGAUCAUGAAAUAGAGCAAGGAGAAAAUAAAAAACAGACUCUUCAUGACAUUAAGAUGGAAUUUCUACAUGGAUUUCAUGACCCUCGUAGUCCAUAUGAAGAACCUAGCCAGGAUGAGGAAUUCUAUUUGAUAUCUGGCAAAAAUGAGGUUGCAUUUGCUGAAGGAAGAAUUGUAAAGGCUAUUGUUCGCAGAGAUGAUUAUUCAGAUGAGACUGAUGAUCAUUCUUUGACAGAGAGGCUACGAGAAGGUGAUAUUCUUACCUGUCUAAGCAAUUUAGUAAGUCUGCAGGAGAAAGCGGGCAAGGAAGACCUCAAAGGUAAACAUUUCAAUUCGAGGAUGAUUAUUCAUCCUCGAUUUGAAAAUAUGACACCAGAUCAGGCAGUGGAGUUCCUGGCAGACAAGGAUGUUGGUGAGCAUAUUUUUCGUCCAACUUCAAGGGGUCUGCAUUAUUUGACUCUUACUGUGAAAGUCUUUGAUGGCCUUUAUGUUCACAAAGACAUCAUCGAAGGUGGAAAGAAUCUCAAAGACAUUUCAAGCAUACUUGAUUGUGGGAAAACAUUUAAGAUAGGUGAUGACAUUUUUAAGGAUUUAGAUGAGGUUAUUGAUCAAUAUGUUGAUCCAUUGGUGACUCACCUGAAAGCAAUGCUAAGUUUCCGAAGAUUUAAGAAGGGCUCAAAAGCGGCGGUUGAUGAACUCUUAAGAGCUGAGAAAUCAGAUUAUCCCACGAGGAUAGCUUACUGCUUUGGCGUUUCUUAUGAGCAUCCUGGCACUUUCAUCUUGUCUUACAUAAGAACAAAUCUACAUCAUGAGUAUAUUGGUCUGCAUUCAAAGGGAUUCAAAUUUAGGAAGCAGACAUUCGGUAAGGUAGAGCAGCUUGUGGCAUAUUUCCAGAAACACAUUGAUGAUCUAAAGCAUCAGCCAGCACAAACGAGAAGCCCUGUUACUAAUUCUUCUGCUAGAGCAUCCAUGGACUUCAGUAAUGAAAGUGGUUGGAAAAGCCAGCUGAACUCAAGCAAAGAUAAGCUGUUAGCACAUGGCUCUGUAGGAAUUAGAGAUUACACCAGAGAUGAUGGUGGCAGUGGUUGUGCUCGUGGACGUGGAUGUGGGCAUCCUAGUGGGUUACCUCGACCUAAUGGUGGUCGUGGUCAGGGACAGGGACGUGAUCGUAGCUCGUAUGACAAUGGAAACCUCGACAACAGCAAAGAAGAUGAAGAAUCUGGUUAUGAUGUUGCAUCAAAAUGGGGCUCUGGUUCUAAGGGGUCAAAUGGAGAUGAUGGUGGCAGAUGGUCUAGUACUGAAGGUACAUAUAUUGGCAAUUGGGUUGGCCAUGGACAUGGUGGACAUGACUCCGAUGAUGAUUCACGCAAGGAGAAUUUCAAUGCUGAGUGGAAUGGGGGUGGGAACGGUACCACCAGUGGUGGAAAUUGGAGUAAUGCUUUCGGUGGGGUGGGGGAAGUUGGAGAAACGGGGACAGGUCGGGGUUCUAGUGGUAACAACCGUGGGGGCGGUGGCCGAGGACUUGGGCAUGAGUCUUACAAUAGUGCGAGUCAAAAUGUCUUCGAGGAGCCCAUUGCUGGUGGGUGGAGUAGCGGUGGAACUGAUGGACAAGCCACUUACAACAGUAAUGAGAGUCAAAAUGCCCGGAAGGAAACUUCUUCUGGUGGAUGGGGUGGCAACGGAAGUGAUAGGCCCAGCUCAUAUAACAUUGGGAGUGAAAAUGCUUGCAAGGAAAAUUUCUCUGUUGGAUGGAGUACCAGCAGAACCAAUAGUACUGGUGGUGGAAAUUGGAGUAAAGGUUGCAGAGGUAACACUGGUGGUUGGGCUGGAACCAAUGGUGGUGGAAGUGCUACUGGUGGUCAUUAG